UCCCUCUUUGGAGUUUUUCUUUCCUUUCUGUAAAACGCGCGUUGUGUUUUGUUACAGGUUUUCUCCUCUUUCACUCUCGUUGUGCUUGAAUCAAGAUUUAAGCUUUCGAAGUCUUGUCUCGAACCCAUCACACCCACUUUCCUAAUUCGAAGGAGAAAGAAAUAUUUGGUUAGCAGGUACUUGUCUUUUGAGUGGACUGAUAUAUUUGAAGACUGAUAAGAUGCUGGCCAGUGAUUCUGCAAGAAAGUUUUCGUUUAAUCGGUUAAUCAGUAAUGGUGAUUUGGUCAUUGUUUAUGAAAGGCAUGACAUCAUGAAGGCUGUUACAGUGUCUGAGGGAUCAGUUCUGCAGAACCGCUAUGGUGUUUUUAAGCAUUCAGACUGGCUUGGAAAGCCAUUUGGGUCCAAAAUGUUCAGCAACAAGGGUGGUUUUGUGUACUUGUUGGCUCCUACACCAGAAUUGUGGACACUUGUUUUAAGCCACAGGACUCAGAUUCUAUAUAUUGCUGAUAUUAGCUUUGUUGUCAUGUACCUUGAGAUUGUUCCUGGUUGCUUGGUUCUUGAAUCUGGAACUGGAAGUGGAUCAUUAACUACUUCACUUGCAAGGGCAGUGGCUCCUACUGGACAUGUCUAUACAUUUGAUUUCCAUGAGCAAAGGGCUGGAUCAGCUAGGGAUGAUUUUGAGAGGACUGGUCUUGGCAACUUAGUUACUGUGGGAGUCAGGGACAUUCAGGGUGAAGGAUUUCCAGAUGAGUUCACUGGCUUGGCUGACGCGGUAUUUUUGGAUCUACCUCAACCUUGGCUAGCUAUUCCUUCAGCUGCAAAAAUGUUAAAACAAGAUGGCACAUUGUGUUCAUUCUCCCCAUGCAUUGAACAAGUUCAACGUUCAUGUGAAGUGCUUCAAAUCAGCUUCACCGAUAUAAGGACUUUUGAGGUACUGCUACGCACAUACGAAGUUCGAGAAGAGAAACUGGAGGAUGAUGGCUCCAAUGGUUCACUUCCUUGCAAGAGGAAACAGUGUUCAGAUGGUGGCAAUCUGAUCAGUAGUCCUAUUUCAUCUGUUAUGGCAAGACCAUGUGGGGAAGCUAAAGGUCACACAGGCUAUCUCACAUUUUCAAGACUUAGAUGUCUCUAAUGAAGAUUGUUACCAUUUUUCUUUCCCAGAAAAGUAGAAGCUUUUGUAUCUUAGAACCAUGUCUUUUGCUUUUCUUUUCAUGUGCAACCAUAUGUUUUCACAUAAAUUUGUGGCAUAUGCUUGGCUACAUAAAUAUAUUCUUGUCUUGAUAUGUAAGGGUGGAUAGUUCAUCUGA